AUGGAUUUAGCACAAUAUCAAUUAAUUUGAACGCGCUUUCUAGAAUCGGGGAAUCCUGACCUCAUUGAAAUUGCCCGAUUAUCAAUUUGAAGAUGCUCAACUAUGUUACUCCAAAAUGACGUAUAGGCAAACCUAUAUAAAUUGCCCUAUAAGGGCAGGAUAUUGGAGCUGGAAACUCUCCAAUGGCUUAACCAACUGAGGUGGUCAGACCAACUGGAGAGAGGUCCUUUUGCCAACUCUCCAAUCGGUUUGACCUGGCUGAGUUGGUCCAACCACUGGAGAGUUUCCAGCUCCAAUGUUCUGCCCUUAUAGGGCUGUUUAUAGGAUUUACCUAUACCUCCGCUGACUAAAAUGUACUUUCAAAGCUUGAGCGAAUUCACAUCAGAAAAAUGCAUUUACACAAAUAAUAAAGUAUCUGAAUUAAAGCACUUGCUUGACAAACUUUUUUCGUUUGGAAAUUCCAUAUCACAAUCUUCACUUAACCAGCAACCUAACAUAUUAAUACGUCCAGCUCUGCAGGUGAUUGAAGAGCCUACACCUCUUAGUCAGCAGAGAUUAGAAGAAAAUAAGCAGCCUCUGAAUGAGAAGUACCUAAAAGUUAAUUUUCCUGAAUAUCAUAGAUCUAAGCCUCAAAAAUUCAAAAUGGAAGAUAGCAGUAUCCUGAUAUCAAUAGGCUCAAAUCACCCAGGACAGAUCCAUCACAUAGCUGUGCCAAAUGUGGAAAGCCUGAUUUCUAUUUAUUACGAAGCCAAUAGCAGCAUCUUUAAAGCAUGAGAAGCACCCACAGAAAACCCUGAAGGACUCUACCAAAUUAAAAAUGAUAUUUUAUCAACAGGAGAGGUCUAUGUUUUCGGGCAAGCUGAAAUUUCUAUCAAGCAAAUCAUUCACCCAGGGCCUGAGCUGGAGGUCUGUGUAAAAUAUAAUGAUGAAAAUGAUGAAAUCAGGUAUUUUAGGAUUUCGAACUAUGCUGCUAUUGGCAGCGGACCCUCCAAUUCAAUUGUAAUACCAGGGGAAAAUGACAAUGAGUGUUAUGCUGAGUUUGAAAAAAUACAAGGUGACUGGAGGAUCAAAGCUAGGAAUCAAGGGGAUUUUAUAUGGAAGCAGCUGCACGUCGAAAGCACAGUGGCAUUACACACUCAGUCUCCAAAAAUCCCAAUUAAUCUUGGGACUUUGAUGAAGAUUCGUCAUAUGUGUUUUAAAGUUAUGAUCAGUGAUUAA